CCUGCGGGAUCUUAACACAGUCGGAGAAGAACAAGCGAGUUAAGUCAGUUGCUGGGUAUCUGUGUUGUGACGAAUAUAAUUCGCCGUUCGUGACUUGUACUUCUCUCGCGUACUUUUGUCUGUUACUUUUUCAGUGUUAUUCCACGACAGAAAUAAAUCCGUGGAAUUUUUACGGCACAUAUUCCUAAUCUAUCUAUUAAUCAAACGGAGUAAAUGAUGCAGGCGAACGGUUCUGAGAAUAUUGGUUCUGAAAAUGCGAACGAAAAAACGGGAUGGACGGUCGGAUUAAUAAAUGGAAAGUUUAAGUACCUUACAGCUGAAACUUUUGGAUUUAAAAUAAAUGCAAAUGGCUCAAGUUUGAAGAAAAAGCAAUUGUGGACUUUAGAAGGUAGCGAGCAGCAAGUGUUCCUCCGAUCCCAUUUAGAUCGUUAUUUGGCAGUGGAUCAAUUUGGAAAUGUUACCUGUGAAGCAGAAGAUCCUAGUGAUCCUGGUUGUGCUUUUCAAAUUCAACUAGCUUCUGAUGGAAGUGGAAGAUGGGCUUUAAAAAACAUUCAAAGGGGAUAUUUCCUGGGUUCGAGUCAAGAUGAACUUAAAUGUACAGCCAAAGCUCCAGGUGAAGCUGAAUAUUGGCUUGUACAUCUUGCUGCUAGACCCCAAGUAAAUUUAAAAUCUGCUGGAAGAAAACGUUUUGCUCAUUUAAGUGCAACACAAGAUGAAAUUCAUGUAGACGCACCAGUUCCUUGGGGAGAAGAUACACUUUUUACUUUAGAAUUUCGUCCUUCUUCAAUAGAAGAUGAUGGUCCAGAACAUACUAAAUUUGAAGGUGGUCAUUAUGCUCUUCAUACUUGUAAUAAUAAAUAUCUUGCACGCGAUGGAAAACUCCUAGAUUCUUGUACAAGAGAUUGCCUUUAUGCGGCUGAGUUCCAUGCUGGAUUACUUGCACUCAGAGAUUUGUAUGGCGCAUAUUUGGCACCCAUUGGAAGCAAAGCUGUAUUAAAAUCGAGAUCAACAACAGUAACGAGAGAUGAAUUAUUUUCUUUAGAAGAAUCACUACCGCAAGCUUCUUUUGUUGCUGCUUUAAAUCAACGAUACGUUUCUGUAAAACAAGGAGUUGAUGUGACAGCUAAUCAAGAUGAGAUUUCUGGCCAUGAAACUUUCCAACUGGAAUUUGAUCGUGUAACUAAACGGUGGUACAUACGUACCAUGCAAGAUCGUUACUGGAGUCUUGAAGCUGGUGGAGGAAUCCAAGCAUCAGAGCACAAACGUUCUUCUAACGCUUUAUUUGAUUUGAUCUGGCAAUCAGAGGACGGUACAGUAGCUUUGCGUGCUAACAAUGGAAAAUUCUUAGCAACAAAGCGUUCUGGACAUCUCUAUGCUAAUGCGGAUUCUGUAAAUGGAUUGGAUUCAGAUGUUAGCAAAUAUUAUUUCUACUUAAUGAACAGACCUGUUUUAGUUCUACGUUGUGAACAAGGAUUUGUAGGACCUAAAAGUGCAUCUAGUCCAAAGUUAGAAUGCAAUAAAGCUAUCUAUGAGACUAUCAGAGUAGAAAGAUGUGAACGCGGAAUUGUUAGAUUUAAAGGCCAAAAUAACAAGUACUGGCAUGCAGAUAGCGAAGGUGUAACUGUGGAUUCUGAUGUACCUUCUGAUGGCUUUUAUUUGGAAUUACGAGAACCUUCUCGAAUUUGUAUUAAACACAUUGAUGGAAGAUACCUUACUGCUGGAAAGAAUGGAGCAUUGCGUCUUGGAGAAACAGAUUAUGAGUCUGCUACAAAAUGGGAAUUUUAAUCAUCUAAAUGAUCAUACAUAAUCUAUGUUCUCUUGAAACUUAUUUCAUGUAUUUAUUUAAAAGAUUAAUAUUUAAUAGAUAUAAUAUCCGAACUUAGUAACAAAAGUUAAAUUGGAGAAGUAAAUACGUAGUUCAAGUAAUUUGUUUUUAAGUUUCAUCUUCUUUUGCGUAUAUUUUAUUUAACAUGACAGAUGAAAAAAAUUAAAAUAUAAGACUUAUGUUAGGUUGAAGUUUCAAAAGAACAUAGCUAAAACUUACUGCCCUUUUUAUAGCUUCAAUGUAAUCUAAUAUGAUAUUUACAAGUAUGGGAAAAGCUCGUAUCAAGUACUUAAUUAGGAGUACACUGUGGAAUUAAUUUUAUACGUCUAACUGUAACUUUCUCCAUUUAUAAAAUAUCGUAUAAGACUGAUCACUCACAUGUUUACAGAGUAAUUAACAAUUAAAACAUCAUUUCUUAAUAAUUUAAAGAAAUAUUUAAUACUGACUUAUUAUUUUUACAGACAAAGUAACUGAAGAAUUUUUUGACCAGAAAAUUGAGAUUUAUCCUUUUAACUCAAUUUUUCAUUUGGAAUAUUAUUUAUUUUUCAAGUUAACUAAAACACUUAACUGAUUGGUAAUAUUAUAUACAGAUACUAAUAAUGUACUUUUUCUAAUUCUUUUGCUACGUGAC